AUGGCGCCGCCAAACGAGGUCGAUAAGACUAUCCAUGACAAGGCCACAGGUGAUGCAUACGAGACUGCUACUCGCCACGAAGCAGAGAAGUCCCUCAAGCUCUACGCUGGUUGGUUCUGUCCGUUUGUACAACGCACAUGGAUCACACUGGAAGAGAAGAAGAUCGACUAUCAGUACAUCGAGAUCAAUCCGUACCACAAAGACCCAGAUUUCUUGAAACUCAACCCUCGGGGCUUAGUGCCAACACUCGCUGUGCCUAUACCAGCUCCGAAAGGAGACACACACCCUACCAGCAAUGGCGAUUCCAAGGCGUCUUCGAAACAAGGUCGGCCACUUAGGCCACUGUAUGAGUCGAUAGUCAUUGCCGAGUAUCUAGACGAACACUUCGCAGACGCCAGCAAAUAUGGGCCACGUCUAUUGCCAGAAGGUGAUGAUGAGCUCGCAGCAUACGAGCGAGCAAGAUGUCGACUCUGGAUUGAUCACAUAUCCAGUCGUAUCGUCCCUGCCUUUUACCGUUUUCUUCAACACACUCCUGAGAAGAACUCACAAUACACCAUCGACGACGCACGAUCGGCUCUUCUAGGUGCCAUCAAGACUUUCGUCAAGCAGCUCGUCGAGAUGGAUAGCGAGCGCGACUCACUCUCUUCAUCGCCAGGACCUUGGUUUCUAGGUGAUAGGUUCUCAUUGGUCGACAUCACAUUGAUUCCGUGGGCGCUUAGAUUGUUCUUGAUUGACCACUACAAGAAGCCGGAUGGCGUUGGCAUACCUGAACCUGGCAAGGGUGGGAACGAUGAGGAGAUCUGGAAUAGAUGGAGGACCUGGUUUGCUGAGGUGCACAAGCGGGACAGUGUCCUGAGCACAAUGAGCGAGCGAGACAGGUAUAUCGAGGUAUACAAGCGUUAUGCUGAGGACGAGACUGGGUCGCAGGUUGGUCAAGCUACUAGAGGUGGUAGCAGUCUGCCAUGA